GUCAUACGCACUAUUUUUGGCCAUAAUGACAUGCACGAGCCCUCAACAGGACUUUCACAUGCAGCAUUCUUCACACUUAUCAUGCAUGCAGUACGUGCACCAAGUCUGUAGGACUGAUGGAUGCAGUGUUUGAAUUUUCAGAAAUCAAGAAUUCAAACAAAACUAUGAAACAGUUUCCACCAAAACUGAUGGAGAAUAUACAACCAGAGAAUGAGGGAUAUAUCAUAUAUGUGAUUGUACGCUGUUCAGUGUAUGAAGAGUGUUCACUACUCACAACGUAGCCCCAACGGUCACAUGAGCUUCAAAACUUUCUCCAAACGUGAUACCAUUUAAACCGAACUGCACUGAGACACACUAUACAUAUCCCGCGCCUAGCACUCUCAUCAUCCAUUCUCACUUCAACACUAAGCAAAACCACUCACACUUAGCUUCCCUAGUUGCUUCAAAAUCUAUAGCAUGGAUGGUUACCGAAAGACUCCGUUAAAGCCAUGGAAGAAAGGCCCUGCAAGAGGAAAAGGAGGGCCUCAGAAUGCUAUGUGCGAGUAUCGAGGAGUUCGACAAAGGACUUGGGGGAAAUGGGUGGCGGAAAUCAGGGAGCCAAAGAAAAGAACAAGACUGUGGCUGGGGUCUUUUGCCACGGCGGAAGAGGCUGCCAUGGCAUAUGAUGAAGCUGCGAGAAGGUUAUACGGGCCAGAUGCUUACGUCAAUCUUCCCCACCUGAGAUCAAACUUCAACCCUUUGAACAAAUCACAGAAGUUCAAAUGGUUCCCUUCGAAUAGCCUCGUCUCGAUGUUUCCUAGUACCGGUUUGCUAAAUCUGAAUGCCCAACCUAGUGUACAUGUUAUUCACCAAAGACUCCAAGAACUCAAGGAAACAGGAUUAUUAUGUCAAACAUCUUCAGCAAGCACAUCAUCUAGCAAUCCCAAGAGCGACGUAGAAUAUGUGGAUGAUCAUCCCCAUGUUGAAAGUCUUGAAGGAAAAAAUAAUGACGAAGUGGAGCACCCUUGGGAAAACAAGUCACUAAACCAAGAAGAAAAGCCUCAGAUUGAUCUAAAUGAAUUCCUUCAGCAACUAGGAAUACUUAAAAAAGAGGACCAGCCUGAUGUAAGUGAAGUACCCUCAAACUUCAUUGAUAAAGAUUUCUCACCAAAAGACGAUGACGUAUUCACCAACCUUCCUGAAAAUAUUUUCAACUGGGAAACGCCAAGUGAACUACCUGGAAUUGAAGACAAUCAGCUAGUGGAAAAUAGUAGGUUUCAUGUCGACAAUGAUAAUGAUGACGAUCCCAGUUUUCCUCCAUCCAUUUGGAACUUCUGAAGUAGCCAGCAGAGGACAUAUUAGCUCCCAAUAGUAAAGACCAUCCAAGAAUACACUUAUACCUAUAUGUUUAUAGCUCCGCAGCAGAUCUCCUGAGAAAAGGAAGGUUUGGGACCCCGGGGGAGGGAGGGGGGGGGUGAAGGCACUUGAGAGAGAGAGAUCAUGUACUUUUUCGCCAAAUACUAGAUAAGUGUAAUCACAGGAGUAGAAGAGGAGCAAGAUAUUAGGUGCUAACUAGUGGCAGGCAAGCACGCGAUCAUAUUCCUUGCUAUUCAGUAAUAGGUUAUUAACACUCGAACCCAUAUCUGUCACAUUUUUGUACUCAAAAGAACUUUUCACAUUAAAUACCCAUUUAUGCUUCAUCUUUGCAGUUGACCAUUGGUGGUCCAUAAAACCUAGGAAAGCCAAGUAACAUAGUCUACAACUGAUCCGAGAAAUUGAAAUCAAAGAAUCAAAGAAUAUCCAUAAAGCGUCCAAGCAGCAGCAGAUAAGUGUCAAGUUAAAUGCGCACGAAAAUAAAACAAUAAUACAUGCAUCGGUGCCCAACAUUUAUGAUUCAG